AUGCGGCUGGUUUGUUUACGUUUGAGAACAACUUGUUUGGACAUCCCUUAUGAAUUGAAUCGAUUCUUUCCUUCCCAAACUCCCGGUGUACUGUUUGCGUUGUCUGGUAAAAAACAGCUUUUCUCUAACAGAAUGGAUAAAGCUUCCUUCGCAGCGAAACGACGUCAGGACAAAGUUCACAAAAAACCACCACCACCAAAGCCAGCCAAGCAAAAGGGUGGCCCUAAACCCCCCGAAGUACAGCAUACGGCACCGCUCGUCGUUUGUGACGAUCGGUACGGCAAGCGCCAGAUUCAGCAAAACUGGACCGAAGAGCGGAAUCUUCCAUCGAGCGACAGCGACACGGAAGACGAACAGCUGCUGGCGGCCGAUUUUGAGAAGCUGCUCGAGCUUCCGGCAUCGAGUGCGAGCCACUUUCUGCUUAGCUCCGAGAAACGCUGGCUACAACCGGACACCGAUCUACCGGGCGAGGAUGAAAAGAACCGCUUCAGUGAGUACUUCCGUAUCGAUACGAAGCUGCUGAACGCCAGCCUUGGGUGCAUCCCGUUCUACGAGCGACACGGAUACGACGAAACACUAUUCAGCACGCUGGAGCUUAAUCUAAUGCGACAAAAGGCGGAAAUACAUACGAACAAGUUCCAGCAAACCUUUGCCGACCAGCUAUCGUCGAGCGUCAAAGUCGGACCUGUUUCCCAGAAGCACAAAGAAAACAUGCCACCUCCGCCAAGGAAACCGCAACCAACGCCAUGUUUCGUUGGGAAAUUUGCUAACCCGAAACUGGAUGAUUCCGUCGGUGGGACAGAAACAAAGCAAUUGCAUGCAUCGAAAGAGCCAGUUAAGCCCGUGGAAGCCAAGUUGAGCGAGCUUAAAAUUGAACCAGAAGUGAGUAAAACUGUCCCCAAAAUCGUUCCCAAAGUUGAACCAACCGUUGCGACAACCUCAACGAACCCGUCCCCACAAGGCUCGGGAAAAGAUUCGAAGGAAGACAUUCAACAAUGGUUGGACGAUAUUUUGGAUAUUUAAUAAACCUGGUUUAACGUUUUAA